CUGAUUUCAUACAUGACUAAUAUUAAGUUAAUUAACUGAUUAGAUAAGUCGUAAGUUAUUUUUUUAUUGUUAACUGUCCCACUUUGGUCAACCAGUCAUAAUUACCAAGUGGACUCUGUUCGCAAAAAAUUAAAUUAUUAAUGCACGUGUUUCGAGGUCACGCCGCGCUUGUUCCCCUAGUACUAGUCGUAGACAGCACUCAGUACACUUCUAAACCUUAUGCGACAUGUAUCGCUACUCGCUCACACUCGACGACAGUGCAAUCGCGUUCGCUCGCGAUAAUCUCAAUGAAACAAAAGAAAAACAAUCGGAAUACAUACAAAAAAUACGUGAUCACUUCGCGCAACAUGAGCAGGCAACCCGUAUAACAUCCGAUGAUGAUGUAUUGGUUGCCUUCCUACGUGGAUGUAAAUAUAACCUGGAAAAAACCAUCGUGAAACUCUGCAAGUUCUACAAAAUGCGUUCGGAUCUUCCGAAUAUCUUCUCACAACGUGAUCCGAUGCACCCACGCAUGGUUGAAUUAUUAUCCCUGGGUGCUUUUGUCCCAUUAAGAAAAACAAAUGAUGGUCGUAUUAUAAUCAUCAUCCGUCCUGCGUGUUAUUCACCCAAGGAAUUUAAAUUUGAAGAAGUUUUAAAGAUUGGUUAUGUUGUGCUGGAUGUGUGUAGUAAAAUAUGUCCAGCGAUGCAGGUGUACGGCGUAUGCGCAGUGUUUGACAUGAAAGGCGUGGGGCUUGCGCAUGCGCGACCGAUGACACCGACGAUUAUCAAACAUAUGGUGCAUUCAUGGGAGAAUUACCACUGCAGACCCAAACAGUUGGAGUUCAUCAAUGCGCCGAUGUAUAUUAGUGUUGUGUUGAAUAUUUUUAAGAGUUUUAUGUCGGCGAAGUUGAAGGAGCGUGUUCGGGUGCAUUUCGGUGGGAAUAGUGCGUUGCAUGAGUUUGUGGAUAAGGCGGCGCUGCCGGAGGAGUAUGGAGGGGAGGAUGGGAAGUUUAGUCAGCAUGUGGAUUUUUGGAGGAGGCAGGUGCAGGAGUAUGGGCAGUGGUUGAAGUUUGAUGAACAGUUUAGGGUUUAUAAGGAUAUUAAUGAGGAGACUUAAUUUUAUUUAAUAUUUUUUUGUUUAUAUUUAAGGUUAUUAUAAGGAAAUGUAUACGAUUAGUUUUAUUAUGUGUUAUUUUUUUAUUAUUAUGAUAUUAAUACUCGAUUUAUUGGUACACCCUGUAUAA